AUCACCUCGCUCCUUUAUUCGGAGUUUUAGUUGGAGAGCUAGUCGUGGUGUCUUCGUGAGUGCAAGCGCGCCCAAAAGAUGGCUCGGACGAAGCAGACGGCUCGCAAGUCUACGGGCGGCAAGGCGCCUCGCAAGCAGCUGGCCACCAAAGCGGCUCGCAAGAGCGCCCCGGCCACGGGCGGCGUGAAGAAGCCUCACCGCUACCGCCCGGGCACCGUGGCGCUGCGCGAGAUCCGCCGCUACCAGAAGUCGACGGAGCUGCUGAUCCGCAAGCUGCCUUUCCAGCGCUUGGUGCGCGAGAUCGCGCAGGACUUCAAGACGGACCUGCGCUUCCAGAGCUCGGCCGUGAUGGCGCUGCAGGAGGCGAGCGAGGCGUACCUGGUGGGGCUGUUCGAGGACACCAACCUGUGCGCCAUCCACGCCAAGAGGGUGACCAUCAUGCCCAAGGACAUCCAGCUGGCGCGCCGCAUCCGCGGAGAGAGGGCUUAGGCGCCGCUCUCUCUCACUCACCCACCCACCCCGCUUCACCAACCCAAAGGCUCUUUUCAGAGCCACUACACCGCAUCCUGAGAAGAGCUUGAGAUUCUCUUUCCUUCCCCUGUACCCCAGUUUGUGAUUUAGUACAAAGUGCCUCUGCACUGCGAUGGGAGAGGGAGCGGUGGAUUUCAGAUCACUUCCUGUAUACAUAAGUGUCCCCGUUUCUGCUUUAUGAGGCGCCAUUUUGGGAACGGGAAGGAACUAGUUUGAACGUUCACAACCCAAGUCUUGACUGGUCGAGGAGCGAAGGGCUUACCUUAAGGUGCCCUGGAGCUUCACUUGCGGUUUUUAAUUUGGUAGGAGCUUAAAACGGGGGUUGAGAACCUGGGGGCCCCAGAUGCUGUUUUGGCUAUACUCUGCCGUCAUGCAUAACCAUUGACCACGCUCCUAUCCUCUGCCGAAACUUGGAUCUUCCUGUUCUUUAGAUCUGCAGAAAUAUUUCCUCCUGGCGAACAUGUGAAUCAUCCGAUUUCCAAAAUACUCAUGCCAGAGCGAAUGUAUUUAUAUUACACACUAGCUGACCCGGCCACGCGUUGCUGUGGUUCUUUCCUGUGAUCCCCCACCCACCCUGUCCCGAUCCAUGACAUAUCCUGCCCCUCCAUAACUGCCAAGUUCUCCCUUUUUUAAAGGGAAAUUACCUUAUGCUGAAUAGGCUUCCUCACGAGAAAAGGGAAAACUUGGCAGCUAUGUGCCCCUCCUCCCUCCACCCUGGCUCAUCCCUGUGUUUCGGUAGGAUACCCUUCCCUCUGUUGUCCCUGGGGAGUGUUGGCCCCUCCCCCUGUAUCUCCAUACCUUGGCCCCCACCCUUCGAAAAGGAAGUGUUAGGUUCUGGGUUCUAUUUCCCAGCAUGCACUUUUGUCUGAACCCUCUGUUGUCCCUGGGGAGUGUUGGCCCCUACCCCCGGUAUCUUCCUACAUUGGCCACCAGCCUUGGAGAAGGAGCUGUCAGUUUCUGGGUUCCAUUUCCCAGUAUUUACUUUUGUCUGAGCCCUCUGUUGUCCCCUCCCCCCUGUAUCUACAUUGGCCCCUGCACAUGCAUCGUGAACAUUUCCAUCGGGGGUGAUGAUGUGCCCUGGGACCCAGAGAACUACUUAAAGAAUCCCAACCCGGGGGGGGGGGUGUCAAAUAGUGAAGCCCCGUAGCAACAGACAGGCC